AUGGAUGCAUCAGGCUUAGGUUCUGGUUUAGCAAAGUGCAUUAAUCUUUCAAAUUUGACACUUAACCUUCAAUGGAAUAAAAUUUGUGCAAAGGGUGCAUCAGGCUUAGGUUCUAGUUUAGCAAAGUGCAUUAAUCUUUCAAAUUUGACACUUAACCUUGGUAAGAAUUAUAUUGGUAAAAUGGGUGCAUCAGGCUUAGGUUCUGGUUUAGCAAAGUGCAUUAAUCUCUCAAAUUUGGCACUUAUUCUUUAUGGGAAUAAAAUUGGUGAUGAAGGUGCAUCAGACUUAGGUUCUGGUUUAGCAAAUUGCAUUAAUCUUGCAAAUUUGACACUUGAUCUUACUAACAAUUAAAUUGGUGACAAAGGUGCAUCUGGCUUAAGUUCUGGUUUAGCAAAGUGCAUUAAUCUUUCAAAUUUGACACUUAACCUUGAUCAGAAUUAUAUUGGUAAAAUGGGUGCAUCAGGCUUAGGUUUUGGUUUAGCAAAGUGCAUUAAUCUCUCAAAUUUAACACUUGUUCUUUAUAACAAUUAAAUUGGCGAUGAAGGUGCAUCAGGCUUAGUUUCUGAUUUAUCAAAGUGCAUUAAUCUUUCAAAUUUGACACUUAACCUUGUUUCCAAUUAAAUUGGAUGCAAAGGUACAUCAGACUUAUGUUCUGGUUUAGCAAAUUGUAUUAAACUCUCUAAUUUGACACUUAACCUUAGUAAAAAUUAAAUUGGUGGCAAAGGUACAUCAGACUUAUGUUCUGGUUUAGCAAAUUGUAUUAAUCUCUCAAAUUUGACACUUAACCUUAAUAACAAUUAAAUUGGCGAUGAAGGCGCAUCAGACUUAGGUUCUGCUUUUGCAAAUUGCAUUAAUCUCUCAAAUUUGACACUUAACCUUUCAUUCAAUUAAAUUGGUGAAAUGGGUGCAUCAGACUUAGGUUCUGGUUUAGCAAAUUGCAUUAAUCUCUCAAAUUUGACACUUUAACUUGGUUGGAAUUAAAUUGGUGACAAAGGUGUAUCAGGCUUAAGUUCUGGUUUAGCAAAGUGCAUUAAUCUCUCAAAUUUGAAACUUCAGCAUAUAUAUAUUUAAAAAAUGUCUUAACCAUUAAAACUCAAACUAAAAAGAAAGUGCCUUAAAUCAAAUAGAUUAGUUGUCUUUAUGAUAUAAUCCAACUGA